UGCUCUUCCUCGCCGGCAGGAGUCACGUGGCGGACUGCCUCUUUCCCGCUGCCUUUGGUCUCAGCGGCGGCAAGAGCGGGGAGAGCCCGGCUGGGAGAUCAAGCGGCGUUGCUAUUUUAAAGUCGGUUCCUCUCCCCGCCUCUCCCUUUGCCAGGGAGUUCCUCAAACCCCGGGAUCAGCAUGAGUGCCGGAGCUCUGUGCGCCAGGCAAAGGUUGCACCCUUGACUUUUGUGCGUGCCCGGGAAAGCAGCGAGCGAGGUUUUGUGUGUGUCUGUGGUUUGUUUGUUUUUCCUCCCCUGAGGUGGGGGAAUUUCUGCUGCCAAGGUGGGACGCUUCCUCAGUGCACACCCCACGCGCCGCUCUUUUGCAUCGCUGAGGCUGCUUUCGGUUGGUGGCAUCCCUGCCGUGAUGAAACAGCAUGGGUCGGGCUAAGUAGGAGCUGCUGCUGCUGCUGCUACUUGGACAACUAUGCUUGCUGUUCCCCAGACGUGGCUGCUGCAGCAAUAGUUGGGUUGCCUUCUUGAAUGAAACUCCUCAGGGGAGAGAAGGAAGGAAGGAAGGAAAAGAUUCCCCCAAGCAUUUCUUUCGCCAGGCUCAGCCUCCCAGACUUGGCUCAGAAAUGGAGACGGAUGGCAUUGAUCUUCACAGAAUUCCCCGCGAGUCAUACACUGAUGGUUCAUUUCAUGGGGUGGAGUUUCUGCCAGAAGAUUUCAGAGACUCUCCUAAUGAAAGAACAAUGAGGGUGAAUGAGAAAUACUCCACGCUACCUGCUGACGAGAAAGGGAUCCACAUUAUCAACAUCAGAGCUAUUGAAGAUAUAGGAUAUGUUCGCACCGAGAGUACGUUAUUAAAUUCAUUCUCACAAGAUCCUGAUGCCAACUGCAAGUAUGGACUUUAUUUCAGAGAUGGGAAAAGGAAAGUGGAUUAUAUCCUGGUUUACCACUACAAGAAGUCCUCCUUCAGCAGAACGCUCACCCGGCGGAUCCAUUUCAAUGACCUGGGGCCUCGGAGCCUCAAACAGGACCAGCCGCUUCCUGGGAAAGCAGGGCAGGUUAAUAUGCACGACAGUGAGCCCCACAUGGAUUACCAUGAAGAUGACAAGAGAGUCCGCAGAGAAGAGUACGAAAACAACCUUAUGCAGGCCGGCCUUGAGUUGGAAAGAGAUGAAGACACAAAAAUACACGGGCUUGGAUUUGUAAAAAUACAUGCACCCUGGAAUGUUUUGUGCCGGGAAGCAGAAUUUAUGAAACUGAAGAUGCCCACAAAAAAGGUAUAUCAAAUUCAUCAACCUCAUGGCCUAUUGAAAAAAAUCAAUUCCGUAAUUCAAAAAAUAACGGAGCCCAUCCAACCUAAAGUGGCAGAACAUAAACAUCAGACAGUGAAACGCCUCUCCUACCCCUUCUCCAGGGAGAAACAACACUUAUUUGACCUCUCUGACAGAGAUUCCUUUUUUGACAGCAAGACCAGAAGUACCAUAGUUUAUGAAGUAUUGAAAAGAACUACAUGCACCAAAGCCAAAUAUAGCAUGGGGCAAGGAGAGGGAAGAAAGAAGGAAACUACCCUUUUAAAUAAAAGACGAAAAUGUGGUAAAUAUGGGAUCACCAGUCUGCUUGCCAAUGGCGUUUACAGUGCUGCAUAUCCCUUGCAUGAUGGGGAUUAUGAAGGUGAACACAUUGAGCACAAUGACAGAAAACUCCUGUGUGAGGAAUGGGCAAGUUAUGGAGUCUUUUAUAAGUACCAACCAAUUGACCUAGUGAGAAAGUACUUUGGUGAAAAGAUUGGACUGUAUUUUGCCUGGCUUGGCGUUUAUACACAAAUGCUUAUUCCAGCUUCCAUUGUGGGGAUUAUCGUGUUCCUGUAUGGCUGUGCAACAGUGGACGAGAACAUACCAAGCAUGGAGAUGUGUGACCAGAGGAACAAUAUUACUAUGUGUCCCUUAUGCGAUAGAACCUGUAGCUAUUGGAAGCUGAGCUCCGCUUGUGCCACAUCUCGGGCAAGCCAUCUCUUUGAUAACCCAGCAACUGUCUUCUUCUCAGUCUUCAUGGCUCUGUGGGCUGCUACAUUCAUGGAACACUGGAAGAGAAAACAGAUGCGUCUGAACUACAGAUGGGAUCUGACUGGGUUUGAAGAAGAGGAAGAGGCAGUCAAGGAUCAUCCCAGGGCUGAAUAUGAAGCUAAAGUGUUAGAAAAAUCACUAAGGAAAGAAUCCAAAAAUAAAGAGAAGGGCCCGCAAUUGCCGGAAGAGGCAGCCAACAAAUGGCGACAAAGAGUUAAGAGAGUCAUGGCUGGGGUGAAAUUGACUGAAAAAGAAAAACUGACGUGGAAAGAUCGUUUUCCAGCAUACUUCACAAAUUUCGUGAGCAUCAUUUUCAUGAUUGGGCUGACAUUUGCCAUUGUUUUUGGAGUCAUAAUAUACCGAAUCUCUACUGCAGCAGCUUUAGCCAUCAGCUCCACUCCCGGUGGCCGGUCUAAUGUUAGAGUAACUGUCACAGCAACUGCAGUGAUUAUUAAUCUGGUGGUGAUAAUAAUCUUGGAUGAAGUAUAUGGCUGCAUAGCCAGAUGGCUGACCCAGAUUGAGGUUCCAAAAACAGACAAGAGUUUUGAAGAACGUCUUAUCUUCAAGGCCUUCCUUUUGAAAUUUGUCAAUGCCUACACGCCUAUUUUCUAUGUGGCUUUCUUCAAGGGCCGAUUCGUUGGACGCCCAGGAGAUUAUGUCUACAUUUUUCAUUCUUUUCGCAUGGAAGAGUGUGCUCCCGGUGGUUGCCUAAUGGAAUUGUGUAUACAACUUAGCAUUAUUAUGUUGGGCAAACAGCUGAUUCAGAACAAUCUUUUUGAAAUUGGCAUUCCAAAAAUGAAAAAAUUCAUAAGAUACUUGAAAUCGAAACGACGGCGUCCUGGAGACCACGAGGAAUAUUUGAAGAAAAAACAACGUUAUGAAGUAGACUAUAAUCUGGAGCCUUUUGCUGGUCUUACGCCAGAAUACAUGGAAAUGAUCAUCCAGUUUGGGUUUGUAACCCUGUUUGUUGCGUCUUUCCCACUGGCUCCCUUGUUUGCACUCCUGAACAACAUCAUUGAAAUACGUCUGGAUGCAAAGAAGUUUGUUACUGAGCUUAGAAGGCCAGUUGCAGUAAGAGCAAAAGAUAUAGGAAUAUGGUAUAAUAUCCUCAGAGGUGUAGGAAAACUUGCUGUGAUCAUAAAUGCAUUUGUGAUCUCAUUCACAUCUGACUUCAUUCCACGCCUCGUGUACCUGUAUAUGUACAGUGAAAGUGGCACCAUGCAUGGCUUCGUGAACCAUACGCUAUCCUAUUUUAAUGUCAGCGAUUUUCAAGAUGGAACAGCUCCAAAUGACGCUAUGGAGCUUGGCUACCCAGUCCAAAUAUGCAGAUACAAAGAUUACCGAGAUCCCCCAUGGUCUGAAACUAAAUAUGAUAUUGCAAAGGAUUUCUGGGCUGUGCUAGCAGCAAGACUAGCAUUUGUAAUAGUGUUUCAGAACUUGGUCAUGUUUAUGAGUGACUUUGUAGACUGGAUUAUCCCAGACAUUCCCAAGGACAUCAGUCAGCAAAUUCAUAAGGAGAAAGUUCUGAUGGUGGAAGUCUUCAUGAAAGAAGAACAGGGGAAGCUGCAGCUGCUGGAAAACUGGGGGGGCAAGGAGAAAAGGAAAGGUGAAAACUGUAACAACCAUAGCCCCAGGUCGUCAAUGAGCCAUAGAGGGAGUGCGUCUUCCAUUCAUUCAUGCCAUGUUGAAGUGUAGAAGAGGAAGUGGUUUUAUUCCGGGGCAUUCCACUCAUAAGCAAGCCAUUAUUUAAAGGAUAGGACUUGAUUCUUUAACAGCCUGGUGCAUGUUUAAGCAUAUGCAACCAUUUUGCUUAUAUCUAUGUGAGAAAUUACGUUCUUACAAAAAUGGAGGACCAUAUUCUGUUUCUGACAAGGAUCUUUUGGGGGUUUUAUUUGCACAAAAAGCAAUGCAGGGAUUUUUUGAUUUUUUUAAAAAAACAUAUAUCGAUAUUUCAUUGUUAGCUUAUAACUAUCACUGUUUUUAUAUUUAAAAAAGAAUAGAACAGGUAGGCUAUUCUCUUGGGAAUUUUACUUUAGCUUAUUUAUUGAAAAAUGGCUGAGGGUUUUGAAUAAUUAGAGGCUCCCCAUUCCCGAGAAGCUGUAUGGGAGCUUUACAGUGUGCAAAGCAAAUAAAGAGCAUCCUGUGGAGUUCUUCCUUGCAAGACGAAGGAAGAAAAACUG